AUGAUUGCCUCAGCCAAUCAAACUGUUCUCCCCCACGAAGGACCACAGCUGCACAACACAGCAUUAGACGAAUUAUCGUCAAGUCCCAGAUCUGAUGAUGCCGAGAAGCAGAAAACCAAUGAGUCUGAAGAGACCAUGGCAAAGCAAUCGGCCUUCCAAAGUCUUGGUUGGUUAGAUCGCUUUCUCGCCUUGUGGAUCUUUCUCGCGAUGGCCAUCGGGAUUAUAUUGGGGAAUUUUGUGGAAAAUACAGGUCCUGCACUACAAAAGGGGAAGUUCGUUGGGGUUUCUAUUCCAAUCGCGAUCGGUCUUUUGGUUAUGAUGUAUCCCAUUCUUUGCAAAGUCAGAUAUGAAUCAUUACACCAUAUACUGGGGCAGCGUGGUAUCUGGGUGCAAAUGGCCUUUAGCAUCGUUGUUAAUUGGAUCAUUGCGCCUUUCUUAAUGUUGGGUCUGGCAUGGGCUUUCCUGCCCGAUGAGCCAGAACUCCGAGAAGGACUGAUCCUAGUCGGCUUGGCCAGAUGUAUUGCUAUGGUUCUUAUCUGGACCGGACUCGCUGGUGGAGACAGCGAAUACUGCGCGAUUCUCGUUGCGAUAAAUUCCCUCUUACAAAUGGUGCUCUUCGCGCCCUUGGCCAUCUUCUUCAUCAAGGUCAUCGGUCACUCUAGCAGUCAAGUCACAUUGUCCUAUUCCACUGCUGCUAAGAGUGUUGCGGUGUUUCUGGGAAUCCCACUCGGAGCUGCAAUUAUCACCCGCAUCACCCUUCGCAAAGUCGCCAGUCCCCGCUGGUACGACGAGGUCUUCUUGAAAUGGGCUGGCCCGUGGUCACUGAUUGGACUUCUCUUCACAAUCCUCGUGCUAUUCGCAUCCCAGGGCCGCCAAGUAGUUCAUCAGAUUGUAUCUGUGAUCCGAGUUGCGGCCCCUCUCGUCGUUUAUUUCAUUAUUGUUUUCUUUGUGACGCUUCUUGUGACUUACAAACUUGGAUUUGGGUAUAAGUUGGCCGCUACUCAGAGCUUUACUGCUGCCAGCAACAACUUUGAACUGGCUAUUGCGGUUGCUGUUGCGACUUUUGGUGCUGACAGCAAUCAGGCGCUUGCUUCUACUGUUGGGCCAUUAAUUGAGGUACCGGUCCUGCUUGGGCUUGUCUAUGUUGUAAGAUUUAUACCCAAAAGGGUUGGUUGGAAGGACUGA